GAUUAGGCUGCUCGUAGACAAUAGCAUCGACACCCACUAGCCACACAAGACACGGCAGACACCUCGUUGGCCGGAGGCGCGCGCCAUCGCCGGUCCGCCGCCAUGCUGAUCCCCGUACAGUCGGCACCGCCGCCGCCGUUCUCCUCUCUCCGCUCCCUAUCGUCACACUACCUCCUCCUUCCGUCCCACUUCCUUCCCCCUGGCGGUGCCGUCGUCCUUCCCCGGCUCCGCCGCGGGGACCUCGCCAUCCGCAUGGGCGGCGGGCCGCGCACCUACCCCGGCGGCGUGUCCAAGUGGCAGUGGAAGCGGAUGCAGGCCAAGAAGGCCCGGCAGCUCCUCAAGGCGCGCCUCGCCCGCGAGCGCCAGCUCUACGAGAUGCGCAAGCGCGCCGAGCUCCGCGACGCCGUCGCGCACCUCGAGCGGCCCUGGGACCCGGACUCCUCCUCCUCCUCCGCCGCCGCCGCCGACGCGUCCGCCGUGGCUCCCAACUUGCUCUCCGUCGCGGCCGAGGACCAGCUUAGGGCGCUCGCCGACCGCUUCCACCGCCCCGGCGGCGUCGACCUCUGGAACGACCGCGACGGGCCCCGGGUCUUCGCGUCCCCGGCCACAGGCACGGCCUCUGCCAGGUUCUUCCCCAGGAACGCCUUUCACAGCAUCCAACCCUACGCGCUCGUCAGCUCCGGUGGCGAGGCGAGCGCGCUGCAUGGAGGUCCGCAGGGUGUUCGUAGGAAUGCCGCGGAGGAUGAAGCGUACAGCAUUACUACUGAUGGCGAGCCUGCGGUUGAACUCACGGAAAGGGAUGAUGGAACAUGGGAGCCUGUGAGUGCCCUCGGUGACGCCGAUGACAGCACUGCCGGUGACUGGACCUCAGAUGAUGACGACGACGACAACGAUGCUAUUUCUGAAUCAGAGGGCAUGGGAGAUGUCGGUUCUUGGCGCGAGCGACGAGCCAUGGUUACAAGAAAGGGAAAGGGCAAUAGUGUGGCAAGAUGGGAAGCUGCAGGUGCAAUGGCUGCAGGCAGCGGCAAUUACAGAGGUUGGAGUGGCGAUGCUUUCUUCUCGGACUCGGAAGGAGCAAGAGAAGGUCAUCGUGAGCAAAGGUGGCAGGAGAGAAGCACCAGUGCAAGUCCAAGGAAGCAGGCCAAUGGGAGAUGGACUGGCUUGAAGACCACAGCGGGCAGCCAUGUAAGGCAGAGGGGGAGAACAGGUGCUGGUUCCUUCUCUGAAUCUGAGGUGGUCCGUGGCCGCUCCGAGCCGAAAUGGAGAGCAAGCAAGGGCAAGAGAGAUGAUGGAACAAGGAAUGGUGCCGGCAGGUGGAAUGCUCCUAAAAAGGAUUGGGUGGGUGAUGGGUUUGAUUCAGAAUCAGACAGUGCGAGAGGGAGGGAACUGGGACCAAGACGAGGAGCCAGAAAUAAGAUGAAUGGAAGUGAUGGUCUUAGAGGAAGAUCGAAACCCAAGUACAGUGCUAAUGCCAACGGCGGGGAGAAGCUGUUCAAGUACUUGAAGGGUGACCCGCACGCGAACAGCAGCAAUGGCUUCGGUGAGGAUUUGGAGGCACCCAAAUGGAAGCCGAGAAGAAUGAAUCGAGCUAGGAACAACAACAACAAUGGUGGCAGAGAUGGUGACAUGGGUGGGCGACUCAGACGAGGUGUGGGUGUGGAUGGAGGGGCAGGACGGCAACGGCCACAGGCGAAUCCAAUGAAUAACAGGGGAGAUGGCCGCGAGGAUGGUGGGCGUAAGACGAGCAGGAAUGGAGGACGGCGGCUCUGGGGAGACGAAUACUCGCUGCGGCCAACGUCGGAAUUGCGCGGCUCUUGGUCGGACACAGGGUCUGAUGGAUUGUAGGUAGCACGGCACCGUAGCAGAGACAGACUGACGUGAUCUCUUUGUGCUAACAUUUGUAAAACUACACCUCUGUUUGAAAAGUAAUGUCUGAUAUUUAUAGCUUAUUUUGCUGCUCCGCUGGCAAUGUACAACACCAAAUCAACAGUGAACAGCUCAGGCCUUGUUUAGUUC